CUGCCAGAAUCUGGCUGGAUUAGGCCAUGUACUGCAGCUUGGAUUGAUACGCCUGACGAUUUAGCCUUGCUGGCUACGUGCAUGCUUCCGCAACGCAGUCAGAUUCGGCGCUGUUGUUGUUACACCCUCUGGAAAUAGCAGAAUGGACCGCAGCAAGCGCGGCCAAUCUGACUGGCCAGCCUGCUGCUUAGACGAAAUGUUGCGUUGGUCAGAUAGGAUGCGUUUUUUGUCUGCCAGCCCAUCAGGCCAGCCAGCGCAGCCAGCAUGGUGUUUACUCCUGUUGACGAUGAUUUUCCUUCCCCUACGCUGCGCCGCAGUCGCCAACACCGGCAAACAAAAUAGAUGGCGUUUCAUACCUGAGCCCGUCAGUCCGCAUUCACGGUAUAGGCUCGUGGGAAUAUGUGGGCCAAGCCAGGGGGUUGCCCAGGUCCGGCCUUACACCACGUUUUUCUCGCUGUUUCUGCUUGCUGCGCCUACGCCCUCCACACACACACACACAACCACACCCACACACACACAAAACACCUCCACCACACCCUCCUCCAGUUGUUCCCGCUUCCAUCCGACGGCUGUCGAGCCUCUCCGCCCGUCCAACGCGCCCGCCAACACUAGGCAAAAAUGGUUGCACACCCAAUUGCCUUGUUGACGUGCUCGACAUCCGGUGACCAUCUGGUCCAGAGUUCAGGGCGCAAAUGUGAUGGCUCUUACUGCUGCUGGCUGCUGCUGCUGCUGCCUGUUCGUAAUACCACGGCAUAUUAGAUGUGUUGAAAAGGCAAGACUCGGACAAGGGUCUUUUGCAUGCAUAUAGACAUUGGCAGGGAUAGGCAUGCAUGGUGGUGCUGCGGCACGCUGCCCUGCCAUGUGCGGAUCCAAGGGAAUGAUCAUCAUGAAUGUAUGUGUGUGUGUGUGCUCCUGAAGCUGCCGUCAGACGCCUACGACCCCAGAAUGAUCUCAGACAGAGGCUCAGGACCUCCUCAUUGGGGGCCCACGGC